GAGCUGGCGCGAGACUGGAUCAAUGUUAACUGUCUACACUCCUCUCUGAAAGGGACAAAGGAGUGUGGGAGAGAGAGGGAGAGAGGGAGAGUGAGAGAGGGAGAAAGAGAGGGAGAGUGAGAAAAAGAUAGAGAAAUACGGAUUUUUACUCCUGUCUUAAAGGGACAGGAUCCACCAGGUUUCCAGGGGGCGUCUAGGAUGCUGUGACCCGGGUCAGGGGUUUAGGUCAUCGGUCAGGGUUUAAGGGAUCAGGUGAUGUUUGGGGACAUGAUGUGUUCCCCGGUGGGGUCUCGGUCUCCGGUCGACAGCGCUGGGAACAGUGAGGAAGAGAUCGACCAACACCGGAGGCCACGUAGAGGCACCAGAAAACAGUGGGCACGCCGAAGGAGACCGAGGGAGCAGGAUGAAGAUGAAGAAGAUGAGGGGAACCGGAAUAUCCAAAGCCCGGAGAAGAAGAGGGGGAAGAGGAGAGGAAGUGACUGGAGUGACAUCAGCAGUGUGAGCAGCCUACCCAGGUCUCUGGAGGACACACAGAAUCAGCGUGUCAUGGCUAACGUACGGGAGCGACAGAGGACCCAGUCACUCAACCAGGCCUUCGCCUCGCUACGACAGAUCAUCCCCACGCUGCCCUCAGACAAACUCAGCAAGAUCCAGACUCUCAAACUGGCCACGCGGUACAUAGACUUCCUCCACCACGUGCUGCAGGGCGAGGGUACGGGCCUGGAUUUGGACGAGGCGCAUGUGUCAGGAGCAGCCAGCUGUGGUUACGUGGCCCAUGAGCGUCUGAGCUAUGUCUUCUCAGUGUGGAGGAUGGAGGAGGAAGCAUGACCGGGGUCCGCUACAUCACACUAGUGCUCCCUCCACUGCAGGGGCACAGCCAAACAGGAUUAUCCAAGAGAAUCCAUACUGGUUGGGGUGUUUCAACAUGCUACAACUGGACUGUGGUCUACCGGAGAACGCAGGACUAAACAACCUAGCAUGAUGGAACACCUCGUAACGACGAAUGUUAGAGACAUAAACAAAGAUUUACAACACUUUCUGUACUGUGUAUCUCUAUGGUGGGAGAUAUGCAGGCCUGUUUCUGUGUGCUUGAUUCCAACAAUCCAUAAACCUUAUAAGGGGACACGCGGGGCAGAUAAUAGAUCAAAAACCCAUCAGUGGACAACUAUAGCUCAUUUUGGUCUGUUCUAGACUUCACACACAGACAUAGAGACUGUCAGAAUUCUCCACAUGACCUCUACCACAGGAGGUUGGUGGCACCUUAAUUUGGGGGAUAAGGGCUCAUUGUAAUGGCUGGAGCGGAAUUAGUGGAAUGGUAUUAAAUACGUCAAACGUGUUGGACGUCAUUCUAUUGACUCCGUUCCAGCCAGUAUUAUGAGCCGUCCUGCCCUCAGCAGCCUCUACACUCUAUUCCUCUCCGUGGGGAUUGGCAACAGAUGAAGUACCAGUCUCUGUAUCAACAAACUCAUACACAUAUUAUUUUCUCCUGGAUUCUGAAAUAACAAUUUAUUGAUUGAUGUUACAACGAAGAAUGAGUCCAUUUCUAAAUGCAUUUAAAAUGUUGUAGUGUUGUAAAUAUCUUUAAUUAUCUUCUGAAAUAACAAUUAUUGUAUGUUUGAAUUGACAUUUGAGUAAUUUGAUGUGAUGUUCUUAUCCAGAGCGUGUGAAUAUACAGUAACAGUAGGCUACCGAUGUUUGCAGGGUUGGGUAGGUUACUUUAUAAAUAUAAUCUGUUACUUUCCAAAAUUGUAAUCUGUAAUGUAAUUUUGGGAUUACCCAAACUCAGUAACGUAAAUCUGAUUACUUUCCCCUUAACUGGCAUUAGGAAGACCAACUGCCAACGUGUGGCUCAGUUGGUAGAGCAUGGCGCUUGCAACGCCAGGGUUGUGGGUUCAUUCCCCACGGGGGGAC